UUCAUUCAUCAAACAAUUUCUAAGAGCUUUUCUAUAUCAGAUAUUAAAGUAGGCCUACUUGUAAGGGGUUCCUUCUGAGACUUUCAGAGGAGAAACAACCAAAUCAGAGAAGACAGAAGAUACCAUGGAGUCUAACCAGGAGUUAACAGAGGGUUGUUGGAGCUCAGAUGACACUUGUCCAAGGCAUGUCAGAAGACUUCUGAAGAGUUAACGUAUCUAAGUACUGAAGAUGAGCUCUUGUUAGCAAGCCUAGAGAAAAUGAAUGAAUGUAAAGAUUGUGCAGGGCAGUCUACUAAUAUGUGACCUUCCAGAGGUGGACGUAUGUGGUUAGAGCAGGAACUUAGGGUGUUUGAAUUUGCUUCUGAGAACAAACUAGGAGACAUUAGAAAAAACUACCUAUUUGGUAUCCCGUGAUAAGGUCCCCAGAUUAGUCAGUUGUCCUUUAAAGAACUGGUGCUGGGCUCUCUAGGCAGCUCCUCCUGUACCACCAGGCAGCUUGAGUGAGUGAGCGAGCUACCGCCCCGGAAAUGACGUGAUGCCCCGCUGGCGGUGCGGAAGUGGAGAUGGCGGAGCUGUACGUGAAGCCCGGCAACAAGGAGCGCGGCUGGAACGACCCGCCACAAUUCUCCUACGGGCUGCAGACUCAGACUGGUGGACCCAAACGCACUCCACUGACUAAGAGGAUCGCGGCCCCACAAGAUGGAUCCCCUAGAGCCCCAGAAACUUCUGGACCACCUCCAGUGGAUCAUCUACCUCCUUCAAGUAAGGCUUCCAGACCUCCACCCAUGGGGAGCUCUCCUGCUACUGGUGUGGAAUGUACAGCUGUGAACUUAGCACUGAGGAUGACAAUAGAGCCAAGACAUUUUUUUGAAAGUUUACUAAGCAGCCAGAAGGUGACAUACUCUGUCCCCAGUGCCAGCCCUGAGGGGAAGAGGUUUGGGAGGAAUAUGUAUAGACCAGAGAAAGCUAAAGGCUUGGCAAGUUGCCCACUGCUAUCCCUGGUCUAG